AUGGGUGAACAGAGGGACUUUGAUGGCACACAUGUGGCUCAGAAAAAAGACACCCAGCUUCUGGCAGCCGAUAGCACGUCAAGUCAGAGACUAUCCCUGCAGAACCCCAAAGAACGGGAUCCAGCAGACACUGAGGGCAGAGAUUCAGUGUGUGAGAGAGGAAGAGAGAGAGAGAGUCAGAUUUCAGAACUGGGGAGGGUUGCUUCAGCUGUCUUGGUAUUGCUGCUGCUGCUCCUGGAGCCAGGAAUGCUCUCCUCUCCGCCACCCUCAGGGCUGCUGGAGAAGCUCUUCCAGUACAUCGACCUCCACCAGGAUGAGUUUGUGCAGACCCUGAAGGAAUGGGUGGCCAUUGAGAGUGUUUCUGUGCAGCCCAUGCCUCGUCUCAGACAGGAGAUCUUCAGGAUGACGGCCUUGGCGGCAGACAAACUCCAGCACCUGGGAGCUAGGGUGGAUUCUGUGGACUUGGGUUCUCAACAGAUGCCUGAUGGUCAGAGUCUUCCCAUACCUCCAAUCAUAUUGGCUGAGCUGGGAAAUGAUCCCAAGAAGCCCACAGUAUGCUUCUAUGGGCACCUGGAUGUGCAGCCAGCUCAGAAGGAUGAUGGGUGGCUCACAGACCCCUACGUGCUCACAGAGGUGGAUGGCAAACUCUGUGGGCGGGGUACUACCGACAACAAGGGCCCUGUUUUGGCCUGGAUUAACGCCGUGAGCGCCUUCAGAGCUCUGGAGCAGAAUCUUCCUGUGAACAUCAAGUUCAUCCUGGAGGGGAUGGAAGAGGCUGGUUCUAUUGCUCUGGAAGAACUGGUCCAAAGAGAAAAGGACCGCUUCUUCUCCAGUGUGGACUACAUUGUGAUUUCAGACAACCUGUGGAUGAGCCAGAGGAAGCCGGCGCUCACUUACGGAACCCGGGGGAACUGCUACUUCACGGUGGAGGUAAAGUGCAGAGAUCAAGAUUUUCAUUCUGGGACCUUUGGUGGCAUUCUCAAUGAACCAAUGGCUGACUUGGUUGCUCUUCUAGGUAGCCUGGUGGAUUCAUCGGGCCACAUCCUGAUUCCGGGAAUCUAUGAUCAAAUGGCUCCUCUUGCAGAGGAGGAAAAAACACUGUAUGAAAACAUUGAUCUGGACCUAGAAGAAUACCGGAAGAGCAGCCAAGUGGAGAAAUUUCUGUUUGACACCAAGGAGGAACUCCUGAUACACCUAUGGAGGUAUCCGUCUCUCUCUAUCCACGGCAUCGAGGGUGCGUUUGAUGAGCCUGGAAUAAAAACAGUCAUCCCCGGUCGAGUCAUCGGAAAAUUUUCAAUCCGCCUAGUCCCUCACAUGAAUCUGUCUGUGGUGGAAAACCAGGUAACAAGUCAUCUCGAAGUUGUGUUCUCCAAAAGAAACAGUUCCAACAAGAUGACUGUUUCUAUGGUAGUAGGACUCCACCCAUGGACUGCAAACAUCAACGAUGCUCAGUACCUCGCAGCAAAAAGAGCCAUUAAAACAGUGUUUGGAGUAGAUCCUGAUAUGAUCCAGGAUGGGUCAACCAUUCCAAUUGCUAAAUUAUUCCAGGCUAUUACACAAAAGAGUGUAAUGAUGCUCCCGUUGGGGGCUGUGGAUGAUGGAGAGCACUCUCAGAAUGAGAAGAUCAACAGGUGGAACUACAUACAGGGGUCCAAAUUAUUUGCUGCCUUUUUCCUGGAGUUGUCAAAGCAGCACUCAUGAGAACAGGUGCCGUCCAGUGUCUUCUGACCCACUGACAGAUCUCUCCACUCAGACCCUGGGCAAAGCUGGAGCUGGAAAAAUUCAGAUAAUGUCAAUCCAGGAAAGUAUUUGUUCCUCCCCAUUUACAAUGUCUUGAGACAUUUGGACCAGUAAUAAAACAUGUGAAAGACACAGACAUUGAAACGGUUUAACAUUCCUUCUGUCACUUACCUUCCCAAAGUCACAGCAACCUGAACCUUCACUCCCCCAAAUCCAGUGCAGCCGGCUGGAACUGGAAUCAGCACAACCUCCCAGCACAAGUGGGACACUUCUUCAGCCAUUUAGAUUCUCGCUCAAUCCUCCAGUUUACUGGUAGGCCCUGAAGAACUAUGGUGCCCAAUCCUUCCACCCAGGAUCUCAGGUCCUGAACCACUUUUUGCCUCUGUUCUCUUAAUAAGGAAAGCAAUGGCUUCCACCACUGGCUACAGUGAUUUCCCCAUGGAUUCAUUUUUAGAAAAGUUACUGGGGCAUGCCACUGUAUUAACUUCCUGCCUCCGCCUCCCUUUGUUUUUUUUUUUCCCUCCAAUUUCUUGAACAUUCUGACGCUGAAAUGAUCAAUAUUCAUAUCCACACACCAUUUGGAAUCGUUGUGAUUUUCUUUAAUUCCAAACUUCCUCGCCUUUGCCAUGAUUGAUGCCAUCUGCUCAUUCCUCUGCUCCCAUUCUUCCCAGCCCAUCAAUAAAGCCCCACUCCCUGCACACAUGCAUACCUGCCAUCCUACCGGCAGAAUUUGCCCAGAUAGGAUUUCUCUCACCCCAUUGAAAUUUUACUCAGUGACUAUAUCUGAAUUGGUCAAAGCUUUUAAUAGCAUCAGCAUUAGAUGGAGAACUAAUCAACCCUGACAUCAGCAAGACACUCUCAAUCUAAAGCCCUCUGCUAAAUCUGCAUUCAUUAAUCAUUUUAGUUCAUCAUCUUGUUUGACUUGAUUAGGCUUGAUGGUGUAAACACUACAAAAAGCUAAUCUUUUUUUACAGUUGAGUAUAUAUAAAUAAACCAAUCUUGAUAAAUUCAUUAUUUAUAUCAUAUUAAUAGAAAAGCACUUGAAGGCUUAGUUUUUUAAAUGCUUCUCUUGUGGUUCCAAAUGAAAACAAUCCAUAACAUGUUUUCCUUCAUCUGCUAGCUAUUGAAAUAUCACUUUUCAAAUCUGCUGGAUCACAUUAAAGUUUGGUGGCUGAGGAGAUGACUCAUUGGGUGACAUGCUGGCUGCACAAGCAUGGCAUCCCUGGUUUGGGUUUCCAGCACUCACACACAGCUAGGUGCAGUGACAAACAGUUAUAAUCCCAGCACUAAAGGACAUGACAGUCAGGUGGGCGCUCACCGCCAGCUUGUCUAGCUGGUUGGUGAGCUCUAGGUGUUGUGAGAGACUAAACAAUACUAUAUUCAUUAAUCUCAUCCCUGCAGGUUCCAUGAGACCAACAGUGUCUUGGUUAAUAACACAGGAGGGAAGGGGAGGAGGGUAGAGAAUUGGACCUAGGAAAUGCCAAUCUUGCAGAGUCCAGAGUUCAUAUUUCUCUGCCAUCCAUGGUCUGAGUGAACUCAGUGAGUCUCUUCAAGUUCUCCACCCCACUCUGAGCCACGUGGCUGCCCCAGCUUGGCUGCAAUGUGAGAUCCUAAAAGAAAGUAUCAUUAAAGUUCAUUACACAUACAGAGAGGUAAGAAAACCAUCCUAGUUACUGGUCAAGCCAAUUAGCCAGUUAUAAGGAGGCAAAAAAUUGAGGGUAACUAAAAUUUUAAAUAUUGGUUUUCAAAUUUUUAUUAAGUAAAUAUGUGCAUACAGGUUACAUGAUUAUUCCAUAUAUCCUAUCCUGGGGCAUGUUGUAAUAUUCCUGUCUUAAGAGUUUCUACUCCUGUGAAGGGGCAUCAUGAUCAUGGCAACUCUUAUAAAAGAAUUCAUUUAAUUGGGGCUUGCUCACAGUUCCAGAGGGUUACUACAUUACCAUCAUAGUGGGAAUAUGGUAGCAUGCAUGGCAGGCAUGGUGCUGAAGAAGGAGCUGAGAGCUAAUCCUGCUCUGCAGACAGGUGCGGGACA